CUUUUGAGUAUCAAUCUUUUGGGGAAAUAUCGUGGAGACACACCAGAUCGUAUACACAUUGGAUCGUCCCAUAAGUUAUAUAAAUAGGGGGAAAAUAGGUUCGCUUUACCCUUAUCAAAAUUAACAAUGAUUUUACUACUGUAACCAUAUGGUAUUUGUUGUAAAACCAUACUAACCACCACUUUAUUAGGGUAUAACUACAGUAAACAUAGUUAUACCAUAUUUAGAGUAAACGCCAAAACAUGGUUAUUGCACUUAAACCUAACUUAAAUAAAACCACAGUUAAUGUUCUUAGGGUAAGGUCCGCGUACCUCAAAUCCCUUUUAUCCUGCUAGUAAACAAAACUCACGUGAGAACCGCUGAUAUUUUCCUCAACUAGAGAGGAAACGAAACUAUGGCCAUUUUGGCUCAGAAUAAGGUUCCAAAUCCCCUCUGUGUUAAUGAAAUACUUGAUCCAAUAUGGCGGACACCGACGUUCGGUUUCACUCAUGAUGUCAUUUCCGACUCGACGUCACGCAUGCGCAAUAAAGUUUCGAUUGUAGCAGAGUGUCAUCUGUUGUUUUUGUUUAGAUAGGCAGCUGAUAUAUGAGGUACUGUCAACGUUUUUAGCCUUUCUUCUUAAAUACGUUUUUGGCAGACACAAAGAGAUUUUAACAAGUUAUAUCUAGUCUGUUUAAUGGGUGCCGUAGAAAGCACCGAGAGGGAAAGGGAACCGUUGUUGGGUCCGGCUCAUCCAGCGACCAACACACAGCCAGUGUUGAGCCGGGUGUAUGGUAGAAGAUGGGUCGUUCUUACCCUGUUUUCACUGCUGGGAUUUAUGCAAGGACUGGUGUGGAACACAUGGGGUCCGAUACAGAACUCAGCCAAACAUGUGUUUGAGUUUUCAUCCACAGAUAUCGCGGUGCUGGUGAUGUGGGGUCCAGUGGGUUUUUUGCCCUGGCUGUUGUUUAUGUGGCUAAUGGAUAAGAAAGGUUUACGAGCAUCUCUGCUACUGUCAGCGUUCUUCAUGGUGCUUGGUGCAGCGAUGAGAAGUGUGCCACUUAAAGACCUGCAAUACAGACGUUGGUUAAUUCAUGGAGGACAACUUCUGAAUGGUUUAGCUGGUCCUACCAUUAUGGGUGCCGGUCCUCUCCUAUCUACCACUUGGUUUGCUCCAGAUCAAAGAGCCACGGCCACCGCUAUUGCUUCACUGGUCGGCUAUUUGGGAUCAGCCUGCGCCUUUCUGAUCGGCCCAUUGGCCGUCCCUGCACCCAAUGAAACCCAUAUAUUCUGCGGCACCAUCCACUCGACCCACAACCACAUUGGAGACAGGAUACAGUAUGUUCUUUACACAGAGUUCGGCAUGAUUGCAGCACUUUUCGUCGCCAUCCUGUUUUACUUCCCAUCCAGACCUCCCAUCCCUCCCAGCGUGGCAGCGGCCAGUCAGCGCCUCAGCUACAGAAGCAGCAUCUGCAGGCUUCUCAGCAACAUGCGGUUCCUGAUGAUAGCACUCGCCUACUCCGUACCCACAGGUGUUGUUGCCGGCUGGGCCGGCGUGCUGGAUAUGAUUCUUACACCUGCCAAAAUUAACCAGGUGGAUGCUGGUUCGAUCGGGUUCUGGUCCAUUGUUGGAGGCUGUGUGUUUGGUGUUGCCAUGGCAAGGUUUGCCGACUCCAUUCGAGGAAUGCUGAAGCUGAUUCUGGUACUGAUGUUUGCCGGGGCGUCCUUGGCAGCCACUUGGUUCACUCUCACCUGUCUACCCAGACUCACACACCUGCCCUCCACUGAAGCCACUCUCUACACCUCCUGUAUCCUGGUGGGUAUCUUCAUCAACAGCAGCAUACCCAUUUUCUUCGAGCUGAUCAUCGAGACUGUUUACCCUGUGCCCGAGGGCAUCACCUGUGGAUUGGUCACCUUCCUUAGCAACCUCUUCACUGGACUUUUGCUGUUUUUUCUCACCUUUUACUCCACAGAUUUAUCCUGGUUAAACUGGUGUCUAACAGGUUCCUGCAUCUUCAGUCUCCUCCUCCUCAUCUUCUUCAGGGAGUCAUACGACCGCCUCUAUUUGGACGUCUUCGUUUCGGUCUGAGCACACACAUGCAUCUUUUUAACAAAAGACUAUGUUGAUUUGGGGAUGUUGCAAACAAAAGGAAGGGCACAAAACAUGCUGCUCACUUUUAUGGGUCUGUGUUUUGUUAUUGUGAACUAUAGGCUAAAACCAGCAGUGGUGACAGUGUUAGCAUCGUAACUAACCGUGAAGAAACUCAAUUACAGAGACGUAAAGUGUAGAUCUUGACCUUUGUACUUGACUUUUACCUUCUGUUUUUUUAUUUUGUUGUACUUUUUUACUUUUUUUAAGUAUCAGUGGUAAUUA